AUGGAAAUACGUAUGCGUAUGCAAUUCGAAGUAUACCAUAUUCCAAAAGGUUAUGAGGUGUUGUUGGUUCCUAGAGAUGAUUCAAACUUGUCACCUGUGAACAUUUUGGCCACCACAAAACGUAUUUCACCUGCUACCGCUGCUGAUAAUUUAAAAAUUCAACAGCAAAAGACCUCCACAUUAUCUACUUCUUCUAAUGGUAGCAACAAUAGUUCAUGGCGUAGACGUAAACAAAAUGGUCAUAUCCCAAGACCAAAGAACUGUUUCAUGGCCUAUCGUGAACACAUCCAACACGAGAUCCUUUCACAAAACCCCGGAAUGAAUAAUAAGUAUGUCAGCGUCGUCGCUGCUGAAAAGUGGAAUAAAGAAUCCGAAGAAACCAAAAAUUUUUGGCGUGAAAAAGCUCAAUUGUUAAAAAUUGAACACGGGCUUAAAUAUCCAAACUACAAAUUUGCCCCUAAAAAGAAACAACCAAAAAGUGCAGCCAAUAAUAAUGAUAGCAAUGAUGACAUUAUGUCAGUUAAAACUAAUAAAGUCAUAAAGAAAUCUUCUUCCAGCUCCAGCAAGAUUUUAACAGAAGGCAUGGCUAAAAAUUUAUUAAACAAUAACAAUGAAAACUUUGAAAAUAAUGGUUUGAUUGUUGAUAAUAUCUGGAGUCAUUAUCGUUCUUCUUCAGUGGAAUCAAUUACUUCAUGGACUAGUGCACAAUUUAAAGGUGUUAAGGAGCGAGAAUGA